AAUAUUUUCGAAUCUAUGUCACCUAGACUUACCAAACUGUCAAUUACUAAACGCUUCUCUGAAAACAGCCAUAAAGUCUAUCAACCAUAAAACUUGUACUAGGAAUUGGAGGAAAGGGGUUAUUGACGAGUGGAUAAUGCCUGAGCAACUGUUGAAGGUGCCUCGCAGCGCGUCGCCGGUGGCGCGCGCCGGCGCCGGCGACAUAUCGGAGCGCGAGCUGUCGCGAGAACGGCACAACCUGCAGACCACGCCGCCCGCCCGCGUCCAACCAGCUCACCCGAAGAAGCAGCUGUUCUCGGCGCCUGUCAACAAGUUCACAGCCAAAUGGUGUCCCCCGAGCCCCAACCUCGCGCGGAUCCGGAGCUGCCUCGACGAGUUUAGGCUGCAGGAGACUCCUGUCAGGCCUUCUGCUGCCAAGGCCUCCUCCAUGGAAGAUUUGACGCCUACCAAGCGGAUCAAGAUUAAUAGGAAGGAGGGUUUGCCAGUGGUGCGCUCCCCUGGGGAACACGUAUUCACCGAAGAGGCCGCAGCCACGAAGAUCUGCAGGUUCAUGCUGGUAGCAGCCUGGCGACGACGCAGGGAAGAUGUUAGAUGCCUCCGCAAGACUUUGGAGACUCAGGUGUUGUACUCGGAGCGUCUUCGCAUACAAAUCUCAGCUCUGAAGUCUUUGCUGGAUUCCGAUAACUCGAAGGUGCGGAUGGCGAUGCGCGAGCUGGAACGACUCAAACAACUACUGAGGGACAAAGAGCUGGAAAAAGCGGUGCUGGAGCGAGAGAAACUAGCUUUAGAAGAUGACGUCUGUGCCGCAGAAGAUCGUGCUUCGGAGAUGAGUAUUGGCUGGCGUAACUGCCGCAACGAGUUGGACGGCGUGCGCGCGGCGGCCGCUGUGUGCGAGCACGCGCUGGCGCUGGAGCGGGCCGCGCACGCAGACACGCUCGCGGCCAGGGACAACGCGUACGACAGGCUGGCAACCCUAGAGGACGAUUUAGCCCAGCACGAGGAGUUACUCGCAUCCGCGGAGGCCGAGGUGGCGGCGCUGCGGCGCGAGACUGACGCCAAGCAGCGCGAGCUGGAGGAGACCAGCGAGCGACUGGCGCAGGAACAAGAGGCGCGGUCCCGCUGCUCGCGCGAGUGCGCGUCGCUGAGCGCGCGCGUGUCGCUGGCGGCGCGGGAGACGGGCGCGCUGCGGGCCGAGCUGGACGAGCUGCGCGCCGAGCUGCUGCGCAUGCGCCACGAGCUGCAGCUCACCAGGGAGCAGCUCGACUGGUGGCCCAAACCACUCACCAGGAUGCUGGGCGUCGCGAGGUCCUGGUUCCGCCACCCCAAGACUGUUCCGGAAGCCAUCCUGUGGACCCUCAUACCAGCCAGGCAUGGUAUCCCAUAAAACAUAUACUGCCCCCUUCAUAUUUCCUUUAUAUACCGAAUUUUACGGCCCGAAGACUCCUUUUUGAUAAAACUCCAAUUUUAUCCUUACACAUUGUUAACAAACAGUUAUAAAUGUGACUGUACCUGCCUGUUAAAGAGAUUCCCUAUUUGUAUAAUGCUAUGGACUAUGGUAAUGUUUAGUAGACUUUGCAUACUUUUAUACAAGGUAAGUUUGGUGAGUAUUUUAUUUUAUAUAAGAAGUCAGUAUUUUAGAUAAACUAUUGUAAUUUUAAUGUUCUAAUACUUCUUGGAUACUUUUAAGUGACUCUUGUUAUUUAGUUUUAAUAAAAAAAGCUUGAAAA